AUCGGCAUCCUGGGGGCGGGACUAAAGUCGGGCAGGGAAGGGCCGGAGGAGGAGACCGCCGGGUGGAAGCACGUGACCGCGGCCUGGAGCCGGAAGCUAGGUCUGGCUGCAGGCGCCCCCAGCACCUAGAGCUGCGAUGACUUCUGCACUGACCCAGGGGCUGGAGCGAAUCCCCGACCAGCUUGGCUACCUGGUGCUGAGUGAAGGCGCGGUGCUGGCGUCAUCUGGGGAUCUGGAGAAUGACGAGCAGGCUGCCAGCGCCAUCUCUGAGCUCGUCAGCACGGCCUGCGGUUUCCGGCUGCACCAAGGCAUGAGCGUACCCUUCAAGCGUCUGUCGGAUGCAUCUCCCCUUCAGUGGUCUUUGGAGAACACACGCUGCUUGUGACCGUGUCGGGACAGAGGGUGUUUGUGGUGAAGAGGCAGAACCGAGGCCGGGAGCCCAUUGACGUGUGAGCCUGCCCGAGGGCGAGGGGCAGAGGAGGAACCUCUGUGAUGAGAAAGAUGGGAACCUCCACGGCCUCUCUCUUGGUGCCACUAGAACUAAAGCUGUCUGCUCACCCGCUUCCCCACCCCAACCUGGAAGGGCAGAGGCUCGGGGACUUUGUACUCUGUUAAGGAGAGUGAAGGUGAGGGGACCUCCCUUCUCCUCAGCCUCCCUAAUAAACAUAAGUGUGAUGUUCCUGG